CGUCUCUCGUCCCGCAGCCGAACACAGAGCACCAUCCGGGGGUCCGACUCACCGAGAACCGAGCUCCCACGGCAGUCAUGGCGGCGCCGUUAGCCCACUUCGACGAGGACUGGCAGGACUUCAACGAGUUCAAGCCGUCGUCGGAGUCCGCCGAGCGGCUGGACCAGCUCAACUCGAACGUGGGCGACCCGUCGGGCCUAGACGACUUCUCCGACCUGGACAACAGCUUCUCCGGGGAGAUCUGCAGCUUCAAGUCGAUGGAGGACCUGGUCCACGACUUCGACGAGAAGCUGACGGUGUGUUUCCGAAACUACAACACCGCGACGGAGAACAUCGCCCCCGUCAAGCCCAUCACGGAGGACAACUACCUGAAAGACGACGAAGUUUGGAACGCCCUGACCGACAACUACGGCAACGUGAUGCCGGUGGACUGGAAGACAUCUCACGCUCGCUCGCUGCACCUGCCCACCCUGAACCUCAUCGAGCACGAGAAGCUGGACAACCAGUCUCUGGACCUGUCGGACGACGAGGAGCUGAGGGAGCAGAUGGACAUGCACUCCAUCAUCGUGUCCUGCAUCAACGACGAGCCGCUGUUCACGGCCGAACAGGUGAUCGAGGAGAUCGAGGAGAUGAUGCAGGAGUCUCCGGACCCCGACGACGACGAGAGCCCGUCCCAGUCCGACCUGUCCAUGCUCUCCCAGGACCUCCACGCCCUGAAGCGCUCCGGAUCCAACACCAGCUACGAGGACCGCCUCCGUCAGCUGUCGGUGUCGGAGCUCACCGAGACGCUGGAGGAGGUGGAGACGGCGAUCCGGCGCUUCAGCGAGGAGCUGAUCCAGGCUCUGGCGCUGAGGGACGAGCUGGAGUACGAAAAGGAGGUGAAGAACAGCUUCAUCUCGCUGCUCAUCGACGUCCAGAACCGGCAGAAGGAGCACCGCGAGCUGCUGAGGAAGAAGAAGAAGAUCCGGAGCACGACCACGACGGGACCCAACGGCCAGCGGACGGCGAGCACGCACAUACCGGGAACGCUGCUCACUCUGGAGGGACUCUCCAAUGUCAUUCAAAACGGCAUCCGUCAAACUUUUGGCAACACGGGAGGAGACAAACAGUACCUGACCACAGUCAUCCCUUAUGAGAAGAAAGCAGGUUCUCCGGCAGUGGAAGACCUGCAGAUCCUCACAAAGAUCCUCCACGCCAUGAGGGAUGACAGCGAGAAGGUCCCCGCCCUGCUAACAGACUACAUCCUCAAAGUUCUCUGUCCCACGUAAAGCCGGACGCCGGACCUCCAGAGCCGCCCGCUCCAGCAGAAGGUUCUGGAAACCAGACGCAGAUUCAUCAUAGACUUUCCUCCCUCGUGGUAUUUUUUACUCUGUCGUUCCUGAGAUUUUAACUCUUUUAACUUUUCGACGCUUGUGUGUUCUCGCUGCAUGACGCCAGUAAUCAGUAUUAACGAGUCGUUUCCGGGGAAACGCAGUCCGACCCGCCCGUUCCUCCGAGCGCGUCGGGAAUCCUGGCACGAUCUGUGAACCUCAAAACUUCCAGGAGCGUUCGAGCAUUACUCCCCUUCUGUUCUUUUGUUUCCUGUAAAUUAGCAUUAAUGACGAAAGCUACGAGCUCGCUGAGGAUCAAAGAGCAAAACCCUUUAAUUUAACGGCAGGUGCUUCUGUUGCUGCAUGUCGGCUUUGGGUUUGUGCUCCGCUGAAUGUUAACGGAGGUUCUGGUUUGUUUCUACCCGCCGGGUUUCACGCUCACGUGGCUCUUCAGGCUAAUGCUAACCGCUACAGCUUCCAACAACAGACAAUUUAUACAGGAAUCGCUGUAAGUUUUGAGUGAUUUCAGAGACAUAUUGAAUCAUUUUGGGCCUUUUUCCAAUCUUUCUAGACACUUUAGAUAUAAUUUUGGGCAGUUUUGGAAUCAUUUUAUCUCAAUUUUAAGCACUUUUGGGCAAGUUUUCUGUUGUUUUGGAGACAUUGAAUCAUUUCUGAGUCUUUCUGGACACGUUUGAAAUCAUUUUUGGGCAGUUUUGAGUCUUUUGCAUACAUGUUUGGUCAUUUUAAAGCAAUUUUGGCAAAGAUUCGGAUUUAUUUAAGCAAUUUUCUAUUAAUUCUGUGCAGAUUUCCUCACUCUGCUUUAAGUUCAGAAAAUUUCUCAUUUUGGCCAAAAUUUUGAGCAACUAAAGUUUUAUGAUUUUGGCAAAGUUUUAAAUACCUCUAACGUCUGAUUCAGUUCCUCAUCUCUUGACUUGCAGUAAAUAAGACUAUAUAAGUUCUUUAUUAUUUAUUACGUACAUUAUUUUACAAUAUUUGCACAAGAAAACACAAGUUUUGAAUCAUUUUGCACUUUUUUUUUGUCAUUUUGGCUGAAUUGUGAGUAAAAUUCAACUUUUUUUUUUGCAAAUUUGACAACACUUCCAGUCAUUUAGGGCCAAUUUUUAAGUCACUUAGAGAAAUUUCAGUAUUUUAGUUGCAUUUUGAGUAAUUUUGAACAAAUUCUAUUCGGCUCAUUUUUGAUUUUUCAGUUUUAUUUAUGUGUUUAUGUUUAUUUAUUCGUUUUUAAGAAUUAUUUACAGGGACUGAAAUUAAACAUUUCAUCCUCAUUGUUUACUUUCAGUCAGACUUUAACUAAAUCUGAUUUAUUUCUGAAGCUAACGGACCAGAACCGUGUGGCUUCAACAGGAAACGCGGCCGGUCGGAACAAACCAGAAUCCUCCUCCACAGAUGAAAUAUUUUGUAUAUGAUGGAGAGGAAAUUGCACAGUUCUGGGAACUUUUUACUUCUUUGGAAAAAGGGAAAAAAAGCAAACAAAGAGAAAAGGCUUGAGGAGGUUGAACAAAGCUGUACAGGCAUAUUUUUGGACAAAGGGUUGUUUUUAGUGACUUUAGACGUUUGUAAUGUUUUUGUAAACGCCCGACACCUCCGGCUCCCCACAUUUCACGCAGAUACCUCACGUGUCUCGUUCGCCCGUCGUCAGCUCGCCCGCUAGUCGUGUCGUGGGGUUUUUAAUCUCUGUUAGCUGUUCAACUUUAGGGAUCUCGUGGUAGCACUUUGCUCUGUAGCUGCAGAGUCGCUGUAGAUUAGCGCUGUAGAAACUUUAGCUGAAGUCGUGUUCAUAUCCAGCACCCGUUUAACACUUUAGUCACUGUGAGCGCGAGAAUUCAACCUGAGAGAGGCGCUCCACCGAUUCUAGAUGUGAUCGUCUGGGCCGAGACGAGCUGCUUUAACAUUUAACAGUCGAGUUUGAGUCUUUAAUGUCGGUCUGGAGAUUCUGCUCCCAUUAAAUAUAAACAGACUUUGAGUUAUUUGGCACAGUUUUUGUCAUCUUUGCUAAAUUCUGGGUAAUGUUUAACAUAUUUUCCUCAUUUUGGCAAAGUUUUAAGUUAAUUUGGAGACUUUUUGGACGUGUUUAAAGUCAUUUAAAGGCAAAUUAUUGAAUUAUUUUAAAAAAUAUUCACCAUUUUGGAUAAAUUUUGAAAAAUUUUCAUUGUUUCAGAUGAAUUUUUAACAACUUUGGUCACUUUGGCAAAGUUUCAAGUUCAUUUGGACAAAUUUUUUUCACAAGUUUUGAGUCAUUUUGUUAAAUUCUGAGUAAAAAAGUUAUUUUGGAGUCUUUUUGGACGUGUUUAAAAUCAUUUAAGGGCAAAUUUUGUAAUGAUUUUUGAAAAUUUUUCACCAUUUCGGAUAAAAAUUUAAACAAUUUUGGUGGCUUUGGCAAAGUUUCAGCAAGUUUUUUUGCACAACUUGUGGUUUUUUAGCUAAAUUCGGAGUAAAAUUUACCAUUUUUGAUCAUUUUGUUAAAGUAAAUAAUAAUAUCUAGAUAGUAAAUGUUCAAACAGCUCAUCCUAAGACCAGGAUUGUUUCUCAUGAUGCUACCUUCUGCUUCGUCGCACUUUCUUGGCUCCACUGAGCCAGAAACCGUCGAUCCUCCGUCGUCAUGGAGGAUCUUUUAAUUACUUAGAUGCACCUUGAAGAGAUGAGGAAGUCUGAGCUCCUAAACCAGCUUGUUUUUUUAUCUCGUUAGCUCGUCUGUCAGGUGUUUUUUAAAUGCUGAAGACUCAUCGUGAGCUAAACAAGCAGCAACGUCACAGCUGAACGUUUUCACCUUCAAACCGCAGCAUUAAAAUCCUUUAACUGUGUCAACAUCCACGUCUUCCUCACGACGUUCUUGCAGGGACCAGCGAAGUCGCAACGAAGAGACUCGUAAUGAGAAGCAUCCGGGAGGCUUGUGCUGCAUCAUGGGAGUUGUAGUUUGUCUGGAUGGGAUCGGUGGAGUGAAGCUCUGAAUCUCCAGGUUCUGGUACGCCAGCGUUCAGAUCACCAGCUGCUCCGGGUGCUCCGUCAGAUCAGGUGUAGCCCUCAGGUACGAUCACCGGUGUUUGACGUCGUUUUAGCUUUUUGUCUCUCCGAAGCAUGACUAAAUAAUCCAGGUAGCAUCGCAGGUUUUACCGAAGUCGUAGCUUCUGCUCCGUGUAGCCGUCGGUUACGUGAGGAAUCACAACAACAACAAGAAGAAGAGCUCGUAUUUAACUAUUUAUAUGUUUCUCUACAGCGACGAAAACAUUCACGACCGAGCAUGAGCUGCAUGCACUUUACUGGUGACUUGUUUACAGGCAGGUAGUUCUAGUAUCACACUAAAGGGACGAGCGCAUGUGGAAAAGCUUCAAGCAAAUAAAAAAAAAAAGCAAUCAGAGCCAACGUUUUAAUCCCAAUCUGGUGAAUGAAAGCGGUUUUCUGUCAGCGCUGGUUGUUUUCUAACGGCGUGGGCAGACAUAUCAGAACAUAACUACACUUUAGAGAUUUAUAUUUAUACAACAAGCAGCAGACUAAUACAGAAACAGAAGCUGCCUUUGUAAAAAACAAUCUUUGUACAUUUAACAAACUCCUUUUUUGUUUUUAACGAUCCCGCCUCGUCGGGGUUUUAUAAUUCCUGUCUCAUGUGGUACUGCGUUCGAUUAAUUUAUUAUGUAAAUGUUUGUUUUGUAACCAUAUUAUUGACUGUAACGGUACAAGUGUUUGUGCCCACAAUGCAUUGCAACUCAUUUCAAAUAAAAAGAAAUAAGAUGUGA